UCUCCCAGCCCGCCGCCUGCCUGACGCCCAGCACCCAGCUCUCCUGCACCAUGUCUUCUCGCAUCCCGGCAAUCACACUACACAACGGAGGGAAAAUGCCCAUGGUGGGGCUGGGGACGUAUAAGAGCCGUGACGACGAGAUCCGGCAGGCCCUGAACGUGGCCCUCGAGUGCGGCUACAGGCACAUCGACACUGCCACAGUCUACGAGAACGAGGUCGAGAUCGGGGACGUCCUGCACGAGUGGCUCUCCAGUGGUCGUAUUGCCAGGGAGGAGCUCUUUGUGGUGACGAAGCUGCCCAUGACUGGCAACCGGUAUAAGGACGUGGGCAGAUUUCUUCAGGAUUCCUUGGAUAAGCUGCGUCUCUCUUACGUGGAUCUGUAUCUUAUCCACAGUCCGGUCGGCAUGAAGGAACAUAGUAAAGGCGAGUUUGAUUUGGACACAAACCACGAGGAAAUCUAUAAGGCUAUGGAAGAGCAGGUAAGUUACACGGAGAACUGUAAGGUAAUGAGGUUUAUUGUGGUAUUAUUAGGAGUCUCUUCUCUAGUUGAAAUUCACGCGUCUUCACACUCAUAUCGCCCUCUCGACGUCGGCGUAGAACGGCUUCUUCACCCGAAGCUCAGCGUCACAACGCCGUUCGCGCAGGCUCUCCUUGCCGAGCUUCCGAUUCUAGCGCUUCCUUCUCUUCUGCGCCGCUAUUUCCCGCUCACGCCGGUUCCCGUUUGUGAGCGCGCCUUCCACCCAGUCCCACAGGGUUGCGGCAGGCCGGAGCGUAGACUUCUUGAUCGAGCCUAUUCUCCAAGACAGUUUGAUGACCGUCGCCUCCGCGGUUUAUUGGACUGUAGUGGACGUGAUGUACCCCCACUAUGUUGCGAGUCCAGAUUAGGCGAGUCCCCCCUGUUAAUAGCGCAGCACCUCCAGACCAGCACCAUCUGUGGGAGUUCUUGA